CAACAUAUGUACGCUAUACGUAUUUAGAAUUAUCACUGUAAUAAAUAAUAUAUGCAAUUAUUUAUAUUAUAUUCAUAACUUAUUUCCGAUGGUCGUUUUUUCAAAACACAAUGGGCCGUUAGAGUCCAAAAAGAACACAACGUAUAGUAUAUUAGUCUACGUAUAUAAUAUAGAUAAUAGAUACAGAUACGGAUCUCCCUUUUGCUACUAGAGGUCGCUAAUAUCCGCAUGUAUGUAUACGCGGUAUUGAUAUAUUUGCUGGGACUCUUGCUUCGAUCCUUGAGGGACAAAGAGCGAGUCUUAUUAUUUAAAUAAAAGAGUAAUCAAGUGUUACUAUUGCCUCAGGGAAGGCAAUAGCGUUAUACUAUUGCACAAUAGGCUCCGCCUUAUGCGGUUCCUUCGUGUCUCAUUGUUCGAGAGAGACCGGAGUAGAAGAAAAGAAGUCAGGUUAAUUUUGAGGUUAGCACGCUUCAAACGCUAACGGUCGCUGCUGAUUUAUCAAGAAAUAUCCCCCGGUUUUACCGGGCGGAUUUUAAGUUAAAAAAUGACGACAGAGAAAAUGGAUAGUGAUGCAGAUGCUCACUCAGAAAAAGAUUUUGGAUCCAAGAGAAAGUUAAAUGAGAUAGAUGAGAAUAUUGACCGAAGGGAAUAUAAGAAACAAACGAUAAAUGAGAUAGAAACCGGAGAGAAAAGUUUUGAUAAAGAUGGAUAUUCUGAGAAUUGCAAGGGUCCUUACCAAGUAUGGAUUAAAAAUCUUAGUCCAUCAAAUAAAGUCUUUAAUAUUUAUAAAGUGGGAAAGAUCGUAGUAAAGUACUACAAAACAGUGCAAGAAGUAAAAAAGGACGGACGCUUUAGAGGUAUUAUAGUUUUCAAUGACAGAGAGGAAGCUAAUAAAGCAUUGGAGGAUACAAUUUUCAAGGAUAAUGAUAUGACUACAUUUGUCCCAGGAUUCAAAAAAAUGAGAAAAGGAGUCUUGAGAGGCAUCCCAAUAGAUCUUUCAACAGAUGAUUUGAAAACGGAGAUCAUGUCUUCUCUGGAGGUUAUAAAUGUUAGUAGAAUGAACAGAAAGAAUCCUAACAGUACAAACGAUGAUGAUAAAUGGAUACCAACUAAAUCAGUAAUGGUCACCUUCAAAGGAGAUUUUCUUCCUAAAGAAGUUAGUAUUUGCCUUGUUAAAACCAAAGUUGAUCCGUACGUAAGAAGACGUAUGCAGUGCUAUAAUUGUUUUAAAUUUGGCCAUAUGGCUAAAACCUGCAGAAACCAGAAACGUUGUUCUAUGUGUGGAGAGUUACACCAUGAUGAGGGUUGCUCAGGUGUAACCCCCAGAUGCGCAAACUGCAAGGGUAGUCACAAAUCUAUUGACAGCAGAUGUCAAAUCUAUGAAAAGAAUAAAUUGCUAUGCGAAAGAAUGGCUUAUGACAAUUUGUCAUACGCUGAAGCUCAUGCACGGAUUUUUGGUAAAUCCAAUGCUCCAAGACUGAAUAGACUAGACUUUCCUAAUCUGAGAAAUAGAACAAAUAAAGAACCAGAAGUAUUCAACAAUCAGACACAAUUACAAGAUGGGAAUCAGAAUGCAUCCCAGAUUCAACCCAAGGAUAAUAUGGGACAAAACAUACUCUCACCAACAAUAACAACAAAAUCGACUUCGACAACGAUGCCAGUAAGGAAUUAUUCAAGAAUGAAUGCACAGCAAUUCUUCUACACGAACAACAAUACCAAUACCAACAGCCAAACGAGUACACAACUGAAGGGAGAAAAAGAAAAGGACAAACCAGCCAACCUACCAUCUACAAAUCAGCCUUUGAGAAAUUCACUACAAACAUCACAGACAACGCUAUCUCGAAUGAGUACUACGGAGAAACUACAUGCUAGGUUAAGUAAUAGUACAAAUAAUCUUAAGCCCCUAAAUAAAAAAUCAUCUUCACAAAACCAAAAAACCUAACCUUUGGUAUACAAGUAAGCCAGUUAGAUUUAUAUAUCAUUAAAUUUAUUGAUUAUUAUAUUCCAGAAAUCGUUUAUUGUUUUUGUGUUUUUAGACUCUACAAAUUUUAAAUUCAUGGACAAAAAUUUAAAUCUUAAAAUUUUACAGUGGAAUUGCCGAAGUAUAACUAAUAAAUUAGAUUUCCAGAAUGUUGCAGGUAAAUAUGAUGUAAUCCUACUAGUGGAAACUUGGUUAAACUCUAAUUCCCCAUUAUUUAAAGAAUCUCAUUUUAAUCUGAAAGGAUUUGAAACGGUUAGAUUUGACCGAAGUUUUAACAAAGGAGGAGGUUUAGCUGUCUGCAUUAAAAAAGGUGUAAUUUUCGAAAAGAUAGAAUUGGGUUUUAAGGGUAACUCACUCGAGGUAGGAGCAGUUACUGUUGACUCUAAUUUGGGAGAAAUAUUGUUUACCGUUUGCUAUAGAGCUCCAAAUACUGAUAAUAAUAUUUCAAAAGUAGAAUGGUGUAAGCUUACCGACACGGUUAAACAGUAUGGAAGCAACCACUUUAUUUUGGCGGGGGAUUUUAAUGCUCACCACUCCCUAUGGGGGAGUUCAAAAGAGUGCUGUAAUGGAAAAGUAAUAGUAGAGAAUUUGGACCAAGGUAACUUUAUUUUACUUAACAAUCAAAGUCCUACUCACGUAAAAAUUUCGAAUUCUGGAUGCUCUUACUCAAAUAUUGAUUUAACGUUUGUUUCACCGGGACUAGCUUUAGUAAGCGAUUGGCAAGUUUUAGAAGAUAGGUGGGGUAGCGAUCAUUUCCCAAUAUUUUUGGAAAUGAAUGCGAAUCCAAUUUAUAAGCAGAAAGUAGAAUACAGGUACAAAUUAAAAAAAGUUAACUGGGAAACAUUUUACGAUAUUUUGGAGGAACAUAAACAUUAUUUUAAUAGUUUGGAGUUUACUAACUCAGACAUUAUUUCUAAAUAUAAUAAUUUUGUUGAAUUCAUUGAUAAGACAAUUAUAGAUUCAUAUUCUAAAGACGAUGACAAACCUAUAAGCACCAGUAAUAUUAGACUCAGAAACAACUGCUCGUCUAGUAACCCACAAUGUAUUUGGUGGAACGAAGAAUGCUCUAAAGCGAUUCGCCUAAGAAAAAUGCUCAACUAUCUAUUAAACACCGGUUUACAAUAGAAAAAUUCAUAGAAGUUAAAAAAACGGAAGCUUUAGUAAGAAAAACUUUAAAAGAAGAAAAAAUGAAAUCGGUCAGAACUUUUUGUGAAUCAGUUAAUCCGCGAACAAAUAUUCGUAAGUUUUGGAACAAAAUUAAAAUGUAAAAAAAUGGUAUCAAUAGAAUCCAAAAUUCUACAGGAAAUAAAAAACAGGAAAACAGUAUUAAAGACACAAUUGAGAGUUUGUGUUCCUCCAAAAUGAAUGUAGACAGGACUUUGAGAAACAUAAAUGGGAUGGAAGAACAAGAACAUGAUAGUUUUUUAGACUUUCCAUUCUCUUUUGAAGAGCUUCAAUUUUGUUUAAAUGACACAAAUACAAAAUCUUCCCCCGGAAUAGAUAAGAUAGAUUAUGAGAUCAUCUCAAACUUACCUGAAUUUUAUCAGAGAAUUCUACUCGAGCUUUAUAACGACAUAUUCCAUUGUAAAGUAUUUCCAGAAGAUUGGAAAUCGUAUUUAGUUAAAUUUAUUCCGAAAGGAACCUCAGACAAAGUGAGACCCAUAUCACUGGCCUCUUGUAUGUUAAAGGUUAUGGAGAGAUUAGUUAAAGAACGAUUAGAGUGGUGGUGCGAAACAAAUGGUUUUUUAGCACAGUCGCAAAUGGGAUUCCGAAAGGGUAAAGCUUGUACUGAUAAUCUAAGCAUUUUGACAUCGGAUGUACAAAAAAAUUUCUUUCAAAAAGAUACAGUAGCAUCUCUUUUUUUAGAUGUAAAAGGCGCUUAUAAUGAUGUAAUUCCAGAAAUUCUUAUCGACGACUUAAUAGAACUGGGAAUACCAAAGAAAGUAGUUUGUUUUAUAAGUUACUUAAUAUUAGAGCGAAAAGUUUUUUUUUGUACAGAUAGCGAAAUUAUUGAAAGAACUAUAAAUAAAGGACUACCUCAGGGAAGCGUUUUAAGUCCUCUUUUAUAUGCAAUUUACACUAGAAAGCUUGAAAAAAUUAUUGAUAUAUCUUGUAAUAUAUUACAAUUUGCAGAUGAUAUAAGCAUAUAUAAUAAAGAAUCUAAUUUAAGUGUUGAAGAAAAGACACGCAAACUGGAGACGGAAGCAUCUAGAAUUGUAUUGUUUUUAAGAGAAAGAGGACUUGAAAUCGCCCCCGAUAAAUGCGUACUUGUAAAAAGAUAAGCAAUUCCAAAGUUCCAAACAGUAAAUUCGACAGCCUAUUCACAGUAAAACCAAACUUAAUCCAUAUUUUUACUGAUGGAUCUAAAUUAAAUGAGAACAAUGCAUCAUCUGUAGGCUUCGCCAUAUGGAGUGAAGAUCAAGACUUUAACAGUGCCUUUAAAAUACUUGAUAAAGCAUCAAUAUAUACGGCUGAAUGUAAAGCACUUAUAAAUGUAAUAGAUAAAAUCACAGUUGAACGGGAGUGUGAAUUCCUUGUGUUCUCUGAUUCACAAAGUGCCUUAUUAGCUUUAGCAAAUAAUAAAAAUAGGUGUUCUCCAUUAAUUGCAGAGCUUAGACAGAAACUUGCUUCUCGAGCUGAAGAAAAUGUUAAAAUUAAAUUAGUUUGGAUCCCAGCUCAUGCGGGCAUUAAAGGGAAUGAAACUGUAGAUAAAAUGGCUAAGAAUGCUGCAAUUGAUGGAAAACUUCUAAACGACCCAAUACCUUACUCAGACUUCUUUGCAAAUAUUAAGGAAACAUGUAAAAAAGAGAACCAAGAUAUAAUUACUAAUUUAGGAAAAAAGAAAGGAAUUUUUUACUUCGAAAAUUUUGGUGAUAUUGAAGGUAAUAAACCUUGGUUUAACAAUACAAGGUUAUCCAGAAAAGCUAUAGUUUCGUUUAACAGAAUAAGAUGUGGUCAUAGUUCUCUCAACUCGAGUUUAUUUAAACAUAAGAUAACAGACACAGACAAAUGUAAAUGUGGUGAAGCAAUUGAUACGAUAGAACACAUUUUUUGGAAUUGUAAUUUAUUUAAUGAACAAAGGGAAAAAAUGUUAAAAGAAUUAAGAAAAGAGUGCCAAACAGGCCCUUUCUCUGUGAUAAACCUAUUAGCUAUAAAAGAAAAGAAUAUUUUGUAUGUUUUAGGAGAGUUUAUCGACAAUAUUGAAUGUAAAAUUUAAAUUUGGUGCCAACUCGAAGGUACUACUAUACAUGUAACGAUUAAAGAUGUAUUAUACUCGCCAAAGUAUUAAACUAUUGUAUUAUACACACAUCAUGUAAAAUAGGGCAAUGUAAAGUACUUAAAGCCAAUAAAAUUAAACAAAACUGUAAAAAAAAAUACGCGGUAUUUUAUGAGUUCGACUCAGCUCAGACCCGUUGACCGUUGCGCGUGGGAUUUCAAGUAUACCCGUGUCUUUCUUAUACUUAUAGGUAAUCGUGUAUACUUUGUAGCGAUACAGAAAGUAAACAACGAAGGACCCAUCAGCUACAUAUUUUUCGGAACGUGGCCUCAAAGCGGAUACCUUUCAGAAGGAAAAGGGUUACAAUGGCUAAUGACGAGAACGAGGAGGGAACUUUUCCUCCUGAUGAUGUCGAACCAUAUGCAUAUAUACACAUAUCCCCUGCAAAAACAGGAGACAAGUUCAGAAGAGAGAUAGUGCCUAUCUCAAUACUCAAAGAAUUCGAUUAUGUCGAGUACCAAUUCAACCCCAAAAGUUUCAAGGCAAAAAUUUAUCCAGAACAAAAGAGAGUGGCUUGUUUUGUGUUAUAUGUAGCAGAUAGUUACAAUUUGGUAAGGGAGUACCUUGACAAGAACCAAAACAAAAGGUUUGCAGUACCAAGAGCAAAAUAUCCACUUAAUGAUACUGGUGAUACUACAAUACAAGAUGCAUGCGAAUCAAGUGAUAAACACAGAAAACGUGAUCUCAACGAGCCAGGUGGCUCUUUUAAAAGGUAACAUCAGAUAUUGAGAACGAUGGAAUGAUCGAGAUGGAUAAACAAAUUGUACAGCAAAGUAAAAAAACUAGAAAGGAGGCUAAAAAAAGAGUAAAAGCAGCCGGCAAAAAGAAUUCCCAGAAUAUUCUGAACAAGUACUUAGCAACUGCUUUACGGAAUGAUUCAGUCUUGAAUAUUGAAGAAAACGAUAAUGGAUUAAACCCUCUUCUAUCAUCUACUCUAAAUGAUUAUCAUAAUCAAUCAUCAACGACAGAACAGGAAAAUUAAUCUCUUGCGCCAAGAAAUGCAUACGUAAUGCAAAUCGAGUAUUACAAGAAGAAAUGUGCGGAAAAAGAAAAAGAGAACGAACAAUUAAAACUUGCUAUGAAUGCAAAUGAAGAAACUACGAAGACAGUUAAGGGUACGGGCAUUGCUUCUACACAGCAAG